UCUUUGCUGCUUAAAUUUACUUCCUUCUCUUAUCACAUCUAUGGCUUCCAUAGAUGCUUUGCCCUCAUCAUCAUCAGAACCCCAAAAUGUUCGUGCAUCUGACAUUUCAAGCAUCAAAGCCUUCACCGAAUCAAACGACGUCGUCGCUUCUAUCCCUUCCUUGUACCACUCACUUCCUCAUGACGAUGAUGUUGCAAACCACCUUGCUGAUUCCAUCCCCGUCAUCGAUUUCUCCCUCCUCAACUCACAGGAUCCUCAAAUCCAUGCUAAUGCCGUUCAAGAACUUGGCAAAGCCUGCCAAGAUUGGAACUUCUUCAUGAUUAUAAAUCAUGGGAUUGGAGAGAGCCUGAUGGAGGAAGUAAUGAAGAAGUCCGUGGAGUUUCACAAUUUGCCUCUUGAAGAAAAGGAGGAGUUCAAAGACGAGGGCUUGUUCCCACACAUUAGAUAUGGCACUGGUUCUCAUAGUCAAGCAGAGAAGGCUCAUUACUGGAGAGAUUAUCUGAGAGUCACAACUUUUCCUGAGUUUCAUUUCCCUCACAAGCCUUCUGGUUUCAAGGAAGUGGCAUUUGAGUAUAGUAGAAAGACCAGAAGUAUAGUGAGGGCAUUGCUUCAGGGAGUAUCAGAGAGUCUAGGGUUAGAGCCUGAUGCUAUAAUUGAGUCCACGGAUUUUGAUUCUGGGUUUCAAAAAUUUCUAGCCAACUUGUAUCCUCCAUGUCCACGUCCAGACCUUGCUUUGGGGAUACCUCCUCAUACUGAUAAUGGCCUCUUCACCGUCCUCACGCAAAACGAAAUUGCAGGCCUUCAACUGAAACAUGAUGGCAAGUGGAUUAAUGUUAAUCCUCUUCCCAAUUGCUUGCUUGUAUUUCCUGGAGAUCAACUCGAGCUUGUGAGCAACGGAAGGUACAAGGGUAUUUGGCACAGAGUAAUGCUGAAUGAUUGGUUUGGGCCGUGCAAGUGAUCAAUCCGACCCCACUUAUGAUCUGCAUGGAGACCGAAACGAUUAACAGUAAAGUAUCCGUCAAAAUCAUUACAGGAAAACGAAAUCCAUCAUAAUCUGUCCUCUUUGUAAAGCAUCAUAAAAGAAGGCACGCGUCACAAUCUGUUAUGUUUUCUUCCCUAACUUCGUGACAUCCAAGAAAGGUACUUGUGGUUUGAA